AAAUAAUAUUCGUUGCUUUUGUAAACAAUUGUUCAAAGUACAAAGUUUAUAAAUGAUAUUUAGGUUAGAGAGUUUUGAUCAUUAUUAACAAAUGCAUAUAAGUACUUAAGAACGCUAAAAUAGCUGAGCAUAGAAUAAAUUAAACUAUGGAUCCCGGUUCUGAAUUUCGUCCUUCUGCCAGUACUAUUAUUGUUGCUAAAUGUGAUGAUGGCACAUCUAAGCACUACGACUACAAGGUAUUGCUCUUUAAACGUACACCUGAAACUGCAUAUGCACCUGAUCACUGCGUGUUUCCAGGCGGCAGCUUUGAAAUUACAGCCGAUGAAUCCACUGACUGGCUUGAUUACUUUCAAGAGUUUGGUAUUACAGAUGCAAAGCUACAAGAACUUAUUAUUGAUCCCAGUACUACUAACAGACCUAGUCCUUUAAUGACAGGUGGCAUACAUUUUUCACGUGAUAUAUCUCUACGUAUAACUGCCAUUCGUGAAGCAUUUGAGGAAGUUGGCAUUUUACUUUGUCGUGAUAAACGUACACUAAAUGCUGAUACUAAUGGCUGUGCGUUGUUUAAUGAAGAUUUUGAUCGUGUGUAUUGGCAAAAUCUUAUACACAACGAUGCUAAACAAUUUAUUCAACUAUGUAAGAAACUGCAAGUGGUACCAGACUUGUGGUGUUUAUAUGAAUGGUCAGUCUGGCGCAGCCCGAUGACUUCACCUAGAAAGUUUGAUACUGUUUUCUAUUUUGUUGGAUUAGAUCAGUUGCCUAAUUUGUUAUUAGAACCUACUGAAGUUCAAGAGAAGUUGUGGCUUACACCAUUUGAUUCUUUGCAAUACUUCACGAAACGUACGAUUUGGUUACCUUACAUACAGUACUACGAGAUAUCGCGUUUAACCAACAUCUUUAACUGGUCACAUUUGCUACGUUUCACGAUUGGACGUUCUAAAAAAGGCUCAACUUUACUUAUGCCACUUUAUUACCGUUGCAAAGAGGGACUAGUUGCCACGCUAUCUGGUGAUGAUUUUUAUCACGUUAUGCCGACUCUCAUUAAGGAAACAAUUACUUUUGAUGGCUCAUUAGACCAGUUCCGAAAAGUUACACAGCGGUCACAUCGCUUAGUAUUAUUAUUCGAUAUAUUUGACAUACAAGUCGAAUUAAACAUACCACCAAUCGAUGAACACUUGAGUCCCCUCAAAGUGAAAUUAAGUGAACCUAAACUUUAAAAUAAAAAAAAGAAAUUUUUCUAUAUUGUUAAGUAGUUUUAAGUUAACUUAAAAGUUUUUUAAUAAUUUAUUAUAUAUAUUGAUUAGUUGUGCUAUGCUUUUGCAUUUAUAUACACUUCUAUAUGAAUA